AUGGCUACAUCAACGCGUGCUUCAGAAUCUACACCAUCAGAUCACCUAAAUGCCAUUAUUACCAAAACUUCUCAAGAAAUUCCAGUGACAAAGAUUAAAGAAGGAAAACGGAAGACGAAUAGUGGGGACAAUCGUGCAGCAAUAAAGAAACAAAAAACCGUGAAAGAGCAAAAGACUGUGAAAGAUAUAUUGAAGGAGUUGCCUUCAAUAAACACUAGAUCGACACCUGGAUUGAUGACAGAUGUUGUAAGUUCUUUGACAUCAGAACAAAAAGAUUGGGUGAAACGGAUGGGAUUUAAAGCCUUUUUGAAGAUCAACAUUAAGAGUAUUCCCUUAAAACUUUGCCAUUUUGUGCUUAAGCAUUAUGAUGAAGGCACAAACAGUAUUCUGAUUAAAGGAAAAAGAAUAAAGAUCACAAAGGAAAAAAUUCAUAAAGUGUUUGGUUUACCCAAAACUGGAAAAAGCUUAUUUGAUUUGGACAAGGUUAGUGAAGAUCAUCAAGUGUUUGAUGGAUGGAUGAAGGAACUUGAGGAUGGAAAGGCAAAUGCAACAAAUUACAAGAAGAUUAUUCAAAAAUCCGAACAAGUGGAUAUGAAUUUCAAGCUGGGUUUCAUAGCUUUAUUCGUUAAUACGUUUGCAGAAUCCAUUCCUAUGGGGACAAACAACUUAGUUCCAGUUAGAGCACUUGUUGAAGUAGAUGACAUUUCUAAAAUCGAUUGGUGUGCAUAUUUGUUGUACUGUGUGAAAAAUUCAAAAGGGAGAUGGCGUCCAGACAACCCCAAGUGUUAUUAUAAAGGCCCGAUGUUGUUGCUAUUGCUAAUUUACUGUGAUGAAAUUGAAUGCAAGCUCCAAAAAAUAGAACGUAAAACACCAUUAGUUACGAUGUGGACAGCAGAUAAGUUGAAGGAAAGACAAUCUUUUGAGAUUGAAGCUGGUGGAUUUGGGGUUGGGAAUCUAAUUGAACAAAGUUCAAAUUUAGAACGUGAGAAGAAUGAAAAUCAGGUGAAUGAGAAUCAGGACACACGUAUUGAGGUGGUUUUCCCAAUACAUAACGGUGAUCAGAUGUAUACUGUUGUUUUUAACCUAACAUAUCCACAAGUUCAUAUUAUAGACAGCAUACAAACAAAAUCGUUAGAAAAAACUUAUGGAAUGACACCAACAUCAUUAAAAUUGUACUUUAUACGAUAUUUGGAGAAAACUACAUUUAUCAUCAAUAAAAUCAAAGGUUUGCGAUCAACAACAGUGAAGAUGAUGAAAAUUGACUGGAACACAAAGGAGUUGACAACAGAGAAUGGAGCACUUUUAAUGAGACAUAUGGAAAAAUAUUGUGGAGAAAAGCAAGGAAAGUGGAAUGUGGAAAUGGAAAAAGGCAGUGAUGUGCAAGAUGUUCAAUUUGUAAAAUUACGUGCCUUAUAUGCUGUUAAGAUUGCUACACAUGAAAUCAACAACCACAAGGAUAGAGUUAUCAAAGAGGCAAUCGAAUUUGGAAAAUUUGAUCAUGCGACUAGAAAAAAGAUGUUAGAGGAAGGUAUCCAAAGGAUGGAUGAAUUGGAAAUGGGUAAUAGAAUUUGA